AUGGCGGACAAAGUGAAGAGUAUUGAUGAAUGCAUUUUAACUGCAAACAACUUAAGAACAACCGUGAGAAAAGUAUUUCAAGAUCUCGCAGCUUCUCCUGGAGUGAAAAGAGAAAAAGCAGAAUCCUCAGAGUCUAGCAAAGGUGAAAAUAUCACCCGACUUUUAAAGAAGAAUCUCACCGAAGUUCACAAGGUUUUAAGGUACGCUCUAGUUAAGACCGAUUUAUCCCCAUAAUUUGCAACUGCUGCUGAAAAAAUUAUUUCAUACUCUACAAUGUCGCUUAAAAAUGUUAUUCGAACACAAAGUUGAAAAGAAAACAGAUAUAACUACAGGGCAGCUUUUGCAUUUCCGUAGUGUGUAAAACUUAACAUCAAUGUCAAACGUCAGACAUGCACGAAGGGACUAUUCUAGCCAGCUGGGCGCAAAUUUCCUGCGCAAAAUUUGUAAAGAAAACGUAAAAAAACAUAAAGAAGUACCCGCUUUCUACGCAAACAAAGCGAAAGAAAAUUAAAACUUUCAUUGAAAUUUGGGAGCAACUACGCGACUGGACCCGAACAAUCGAUGAGAUCGAUGAUUGGCGAAAAUCGAUAACAAUGAAUCGAUUGAUAUUGAUAAUCGAUAAACAACCGAACGUGAAAGUUUCUGUGAUUUUCGUUCUCAUCGAUUAUCGAUUAUAGUCGAUUUUCAUCACCAACAGAAAAGAAAUACUAUGAAAACCAAAUUUCAAGUGAACUUCAAUCACGUGUACUUGAAGUCUACUCAGAUUUAUAACAGGAAAUGGCAUUCUCACAUAACAGCACACAUCUUGCCACCUAGUGAUCACUCUCCUGAUGCAGAAGCUAAAAGCAGUUAAGAUAUUUUGUGGAGAGAAAUGUUCUUUCCAAUUGCUAAUCUGAUAGUUGACAAACGCAAAUCACUUUCAUGUCAUUAUCGAUUCUUAAUCGAUUGUAUGAUACCAAUUGAUAACAAUUAACUGAUAUGCAUCUAUGGAAACUGAUAGAUUCAUUAGAUUUCCAAUCAUUGAUUUUCAAUGAUUGUUCAGGUCCUGUACGUGACCACUGAGGUCCUCCUUGUUGGCAUGCUUUGAAAAAUGAGGCAGAACACAAAAGGAUGUCACAUGUAUGUGAUUCAAUGAGAUGUAAAUACAUGUAAGUGGCCCUGUAAGUAGGAUAGAGAACUUGAACCUUUUUUAACACAAAGCUUAUUCAAGUACAGGUAUCCUGUUGAUUUACCAAUUCUUAUUUUAGCUUUGCCAGAUAAGUUCUAGGCUUUCAAAUUAUCAUGACUUAUUAGCUUUUGCAGUUGUUUGUAACUAGUGUGAGACAGUGUGGUUCUGACAGUGUAAAAGCUCAUCACCUAGUUGUUACAACAUUCACACAUAUGUAGCUGUUUGCUACAUGUAGAAAAACUCAAGAUUUUAGUUUUGAUAAGAAGAGAAAACAUAAUCAUUCUAAAUUCCAGUUUAAACAGAUUUGGACAGAACUACUGUAAUCAAGUUUAAUUCUUCAAUUCUAAAUCAAUAAAUCUUAUCCAGAUUUUAAAAUUGAGAAUAUAAGUUAACUUCUUUGCUUAAAACAAGGGCAUAAAGUAAUUAAAACAUCCAAAAAUGACAAUGAUUUUUAAAACAAGUAAUUUUGGCAUUUUUCUCUUAUUUCAAGUGCCUCUUAAGAUGAUGAAAUAUACUUACUUACAAAACUUUUUUCCUCAAGUCAAGAAAUGCAAAAACAGUAAACUAAGGCCAGUAACAAGGGAAUUUAAGGCUGGUUUCUACUGGCCACAGAGUGAGAGUCAGAGUUGUAGUCAGAGUCAUCAGAGUUGUAAGAGUGCUUCCAGCUAGUGAAAAUUGAAAGUCAAAGUCAUAAGCAGAGUUAUAAGUUAGGCAGAUUUGUAGUAUCAAGAAUCAGAUUGGUUUCAUGUUCUUUGGAUUAGACUACUUAUGACUCUGAUGUUUAUGAUCAGUAAAAACUUGAUUGUCGGAGAUAGACGCAGACUAGGAAGAAUCACCCAAUCACAAUAACAGUUCUCAGGCCCUUCCAGCACAGUCUUCCACUUACCACUCAGACAAUUUACUGUAGUUUUUGCUGAAUCAUAAGCAACAGAGUAGUAAGUAUUUUUCUUUUGAUUCUGUUGAUUUGAUUUUCACUUGGUUGCAUCUUAUGAUUUAGACUCCGACUCAGGCUUGGUCACCAAUAAAAAUCAACCUAAAAGAAUAAGGAAGCUGCUUGUUAUAUGUAGAAAAUUUAGCUUUCAGUGUGAAUCUCAAGAAUGUAUAUAUUACAUGUAUUUGACAGGUCUCCUCCAUCUUAAGUUUAAAUUACAAAGUUACAGAGUUAAUUUUGUUAACUAAAGUAACAAAGAAUGCUCAAGUGUUCUGAUUUGCUAUAUUUCAAUUUUGCCAGUGAGUUGGAUAAAACAUGCGAGGGUCUACCAACAUCAUCAAGUGGCUCUCUUUCUUUGGGAAAUACAGGAUUAUUAAGCUUGGAUCCUAUUGAAGACAAGACUGCACUGUAUGACAAGGUUCUAGACACAUAUGACUGGCAUGAGAAGGUAUUAAUGAUAAUUUAGUUAUGGUGACUGAUGCAUACAGGCUUUAACUUCAUAUUAUUGAGGUACAAGACCAGAGAAAUGAAAAUUAUCCCUCAAAUGAAGAGAUACAUUAAGUUAAGUUGUUCAGUUUAUAUUGUCUCAGUAUCAAAUGGUCUUUAAGUUAUUGAUUGAGCCAAGUCAAGAUCAAAUAGAGCUCAUUCAAUGUCACAUCAACCUUUCAAUCAAUAAAUGUUUCAAUCUGCACUAAAAUUGGGUGUGAAAAUUUACGUUGUGUAGGUGCAUAUGAUUAUACAAUCUCUUACAGCACUAUAAGAAAUAACAUCUUUUGUUGUUUUAUUUUAAUUUUUAUGUUAGCUGACCUCAGAGGCUCAACAGGCAUUAUCAUGUUUGAAAAGACAUCAUCCCUUACAUGGUUCAGAUCGUUCUUCACCAUCUCCAAAGAAGGCAAAGACAAACUCAAGAGAGUUCCUACGAGGGUAAAUGUUUCUGAGAUGGUUUCACUUUUCACAUCAAUUUCCAAGAGCCUAAAUACAAUAUGAUGGCAAUAUAAGUGACAGAAGGUGUCAUUUGUGUCAAGAUUUGGGGCUGCACAGUAUUAUUAUGAUGCAUUGCAUUUAUUUUUUUCAUUGGCCAAGAGCUCACCUGUGACUGGUGAAUAAACUCCUUCAAAUUAUGGUCCUCUCAUGGGUAACACCUGCUAUCCCAGUUAGAUCUGGAGCAGUUUUUUUCCUGGAAAAAGGCAGAUUACUUUCCCAAGCUGUCUGAGAUUCUGGAAAAUAAAUAUGACAUACAAUCUUGGCAAAUUACAAAAUAGAGUGACUUGCCUGUGUCUUAUAGAUCAAUUAGGCUCUGGGGUAUGAGUGACCCUUUCACCAAAGACAUGUCAUGAUGGUUUGCUCAGCCUCACUUCAUAAUUGCUAAAUAUUGAAAUUUUGGUUAGUGCAAGCUGCUGAUAUUGUGGAACUAAUGAACACCAGUUGUCUUUACUAGGCUGUGGUUGGUGGCAUUUUGCAUUCACAUUUCAAACUAAACUCUAAAAAAAUUGAAAAGUUCUCAAGACAACCUUCAUUUCAUUUUUUUAAUCUUGAAAUGUAACUUGCACAAUGUUUCAAGUAAUUUCCAGGGGUAGUUUUUUGCCAAAAUGUAGUUUUUGCUAUGUUGGAUUUGGCCUGUUGGAUUGACAAGAUAUUGUCAGCCUGCUAUUUCAUUUAGUGUGAUGGACUACCAUGUUAUAAUGGACAAAGUCAUAUUUGUGGGCAGGUGAACAACUCUGCAACAUGUGUGACCUUGAUUAUGACUUGUUGAUGACUCACAAUGUUGCAGGGAAAUUCAAAAAGCUUUGAGUGAAAGCAAGUCUUUGUAUCCUUGCUUAGAGCUGUCAACAUCAAUGGCACAUGGAGCUCCUGUUGUUGAGGUAUGAAGAGUUUUGUGUCCAGUCUAUGCUAAAACAGUCUCUAUGAAGUGUUGAAGUCAAUUUGAUAAGAAUACAAAUUAAAACCUACAUAUAAUUAAUAUAAUUAUUCUUGAAUGUGAUUGGUUAUUAGCAGUGCAAGUCUUGUUAUUUAUAUUUUUUCACUCAAAUUGCAUUUGUAAUGUUUGUGUUACUUGAUUGAAAUACAACUUAAGCACAGGAAAGAGUAGAACUUUUUCUGCCUGCCCUUACAUAAAUGUGGUACUGAGUGAAAUUUAAGGAGAUCUUUAAUAAUGUUUCCUAGGUUGUUGUACCAAAGACGCUGAAAGCAACAAUGAUUCUUCGCAAUAUGUCAGAAAUUGACCAAGUCGUAAUAAGAGGAAUACAGGAGAGCAAGCUCCUGGAUAAGGAGGUAAAUAGCUGAUCAACCUUUAAAAGUAUUUCUUUUACCCACAGUUUGGUGGAAUUUACUUACUUGAAAAAAGGUUGGUCCAUUGUUUAACAUGGUAGACAGUUAACCCCCCCCCCCUUUCCAGAAGACUGGAAGGCCAGCCCUCUCAAAUAUCCCCUGAAUCAAAUUUGAACACAGCCAACGUCACAUUGAAUAAUAGGAAAUAUCCGGAGCACAAGUAAGUGUUAUUAGAGUUUUCCACACACACGUAUUUUUCCAGUUGAAGUUAGCUUGUGGUAGCCUCCCUGUUGGUGGUUGGUGGCAAAAAAGUAUUACAGGCUCACUUCCUUCUUUUUCCUUCCUUGCCUGAACCAUGUCAUUUUUUCAUGUGCCUACUUUUUCAUUUGCUUCCACUGACCAAGAGACUGGCAUAGGGUAUUAGGAGUUGUGUACAUGUAUAGAGGAAGCCAUGUGAGCCAAAGACUAAGACCUAUAUGUACCGGUGUAAUACACAGUGUUUACGUCUGAACACUAACAUUUAAAUUCAUCUUUAUCCAAUUUUAUAAUACAAUAUCAUUGUGCAACAUGUAAUCUAAGCCUUACUUUUACUAAAAUACACUUUAGAGUCGAUCAUUAGCAAAUUAGCUAGUGUGAAACUCACCAAAUCCACGAUGGUGAAUUUUAACAUCCAGGAAUUAGAAACCACAAAAUGGUAAUACUUGAAAUAUUUCUUUGGAUCAAUUUAUGUUUUUUUUUUCAAUGAAUGCAUUUUCCUCGUAGGAAUCAUGGUCUCAGUCAGCUCAUGCUGUCUUCAGAAAGGUGAUUAUCUCUAUGUAUCGUGCAUAGAAUUUAUUUGUUUUAAAGCUCAUUAAGUGACAUUACUUUUUAUGACAAAAUUUUUGCACAAAAGUGAAUAAUCUUGACCUUCUCUCCUAUAAUCAGUAACCACUCUCCUAUAAGCACUAAGAAAUGACAAUCAUACAGAAAUAUACAAAAUCAUCUUGUUGUUUGCCAGAACAAGCAAAGCUGCAUCAAGGGGAAGGUGUACGUUAGACCGAGGCCAUUUUCUCACUUGUUGAAAUCCACGGGUGGGAAAGGGUGGGUAAAUGACAGAAGAGAGAAGCGAACAAAGAGUGAUAUUACGGAAUAAGAAAUGAGCACCCAUGAUCUGGGAAGAGUUCAUGUACAUAUAUAAUUAGCGGAUGCCUUGCGUGAUACUGCCAUUGGGCGAUAUCUGAUGGCUCACAUGCAAUUGUUAUCCAACAGAUAACAGAUUAUGCAACAUCAGUUGUAUUAAACCAUUACUCCCCAAGUGAUCCUACAUCUCAAGUGAGAGGCUUACUGGUAAGUUAAGUAUAAUUUUUUUGUCUGGCAUUAGUACUAAGGGUAGGGUAGUUUUAAAAUUUAAGGAGGUUAUUUUCAGAUAUCUAUGGUGAAAACAUCGCAGCUUGAACUCAAUGGAUGCAAUUUUUUACGUCUGAGUUGACGAAAAUGUAAGUGUGACUGUUCUUUGAAGAGUAUUGAGGUGAAACCAAAACCAAAUUGAUAUCAAGUGCCAGUAAAAGGUGACGAAAAUAUGAUCAGGAGCCACUCGCAAAUGUAGAGCUGGAAGUGAAAUAAGGAAACUUCCUGAAGCGCACACUCCUAAGAUUGAUCUAUCGGUACAAAAACGAAACUUGCGUGAUCGUUUUUGAUUUUGUCCUUCAGAAAUGGCUGAACAGCUUUCAAGCUCUUUUCUCCAUUAAGUGUGUCGGCUGUGGCUUUCACUUAAAGGAGGAGACAGAAAAUGUCUUCCUUCCCCCUUGCUGGCGAACAUUCGAAGAUCUAUCACCCUACCAUUACCAAUGCAGACCUUAG